AUGAACCAGGUAAAAUGGGAUAGGUCUAUACCAGGUGGGGCGAUGCCAAGACUACGCCAAGGGCGUGGCAUAUUGGGCUAUUAUGCAUAUAGAACAAGAUGGAGAUCAAUUUACUACAAGCCCUUAAGGCUUGCAUUCAAAAGAUCUGCACCCAUCAACCUAUCUGAUGGAUUGCACCAGGUUAUUUGAUAGGCUCUUGAAUUUGUAGAAAAUUUCCUUUGUAGGCAUUGCCCUCUAUGGCAUGCCUUUGGGGGUCAUUGUCUAAAAUGUCUUCAAAGGAUGGCAUGCAUCAACACUAUUCUCUAUCCAUUUACAUCUCUUCCACUCAUUGCUUACUGUACAUUACCAACAAUUCGUCUUCUCACAAGGAAAUUCAUUGAUGGCCAACUCUCAAACCUGGCAAGCAUUCUAUUUCUCAGCCUUUUCCUUUCCAUUAUAGUGAUAGUCAUGCUUGAGCUCCGAUGGAGUGGUGUGAGCGUUGAGGACUUGUGGCACAAGGAGCAAUUUUGGGUGAUCGGAAGGGUUCGGAGAGAGUUGUUUGUAGUCUUCCAAGAAUUUUUGAAGAUACUGGCAGGGAUUGACAUCAACUUUGAGGUCACGACCAAAGUAGUUGAUGACGUAGAGUUCAGUGAGCUAUACAUAGUGAAAUGGGCGACACUAUUGGUGGUGGUGGUAGGGUGGCGGUAG